CGUUGAAGACGAGAAGCUAGGGAUCAUUAGGAGAAAUGAGUCCAAUACAUAAAUUGUGGUCAAUCUAUCAAUCAAAUUUCCAUCAUCUCUUCUCAUUAUUGUAAACCCAUUUUUCUUUUUUUAUCUUCACCUCUAUUUUCUCCCUUGUUUUCUUCUCUUUGAACCAUAUCAAAUUUUCACAAACUCCUUUUAGGCCAUCAUUCAAUAACAUUCAUAACUCCAUUAAUUGUUAUCUUCCUCAUUCCUUUCUUUGCAGCCAAUGUUCAUGUCUGAACUCGACAUCCAUCUACCCACGGCCUUCGGUACGUAUGUCACAUUUUAGUUUUCUUUUUGUUUUUAUGCGCAUUUUUUCACCCUCGAUUGACGUGAAAACAUACUUUGCGGCUUUGGUGUGGAUGGGAUGUCGCGUACAUACAGAUCCGUUUGCAGAUGCGAAUGCAGGAAACUCGACAUCGGAUGCAGGUGCGAAGGAGUACGUCCACAUUCGCGUCCAGCAACGCAAUGGUAGAAAGAGCCUCACAACCGUACAAGGGUUGAAGAAGGAGUUCAGCUAUAGCAAAAUCCUCAAAGACCUCAAGAAGGAGUUCUGCUGCAAUGGCACUGUUGUUGAGGAUCCAGAAUUGGGCCAGGUCAGCACUCGACCUACUGACCCCAUUCCGGCUCUCGGGUCCAACAGGGCACCGAAAGAGCGCGAUGAUGCCCGGUGUAAUAAUUUGACACCAACAUGAGCAUCCAUAUUAAAUAAAAUAAUAUCAAAAAGUAUUUUUAUUUUUACAAUACCAAAGAGCAUAUUUUAACAAGUGUCAUGGAUUGAAUCAUAUUAGGUUAUCCAACUUCAAGGCGACCAAAGGAAGAACGUUUCAAUGUUCCUUCUUCAGUGAUUAUAAUCAUUGGGAAAACUUUCAACUGGUAAUCUAAAAUUUGAAUUGUUUUAUGCUAAUAAUUUCAACUUCAAAGU